AUGUCAAGCAGCGGACGGUGGGCCUUGAGUCCAUACGACAGGAGGCACACGGCAAGUGACUUCUAUAGUGAGCACCCUGGAAGAUCGCAGACAGCCGGGCGACAGAGGCACGCAAGUGGGAUCACCCGUUACCCAGCCGAUCGCUCCUUUGAGCCCAGCCCAGGCCACAGAGGUACACACCAUAGCCAUGGGCAGUAUAGCAUGCCCGAUGGUUAUGGCUCCAACCGUCACAGGGACUACCACGCAGAUUCUGUCUCACUCAGCAGAUCUAGGUCAAGAUCAAAAUCUAGGGACAGAGAUUACGACGAUUACGGGCGAAGCAUUUACUCGAGCCAUCACAGCUCUCGUCAUAGCAGUCAUUCGGGAAGCUUAGCGAACAGCCAAGCAUACAGCCACAAUGAGGAUAGACGCAGAGAUAGAUCUAAAAGUGGGGGCAGGGACCGUGAACGAAGCUAUCAUCGUGACCACGGCCACGAUUAUGAUUAUGAACGCAGUCGCAGUCGUGACAGAAAUCAUACUCGAUCUCACGAGCGCGAGGCCGACCACAGAAGGCGGCGCGUCGAUGAGAGUGAGCACAGCAACACUAGCUCCAGGUCACGGUCAGAUAGCGGUGCUGAACAUAGCUACAGCAGCCAUACUGGUUCGGAGAUCUAUGAUAGCCGAGCCAGACGUAGGAGACGUGACUCUCUGCAGAACGAGAGGGGCAGGGGUGACCGCGCGGAGCGUAGCAGAACCGGGGGGAAAAGCAUCAAGGCCUACCACAUUGAUUCUAAAUACGGUCCACUGACAGACCCAGAGGAUAUCUCCAAGAUGGUGGCAUUUUUGCUGAUUUUAGGCGCUACAUUCACACUGGUUGCCUACAUUUUGAUAAUAUUGGUUGGCCGAGGCGGGUGGCGUUCACCAAACUUUUGGUUUGAGCUGCUAUUCUAUCUCUUUAUCCUUAUUUCUGUCCUCCUCUACGCUUUUAACAUCCAGCGAGUCGUGGACUUUUUGUCUAAUAAUUUCCCAUUUGUGACGUCUCGUAAAGGGUAUGCAUCGCUUCUGAUGUUUUUGGCUCUCCGUAGCUGGCCCAGGACAUGGCCUGUAGACGUCACGGACCAAAUUGUGGUGCACAUCGUAGGGAACGCGUUUUCUCUCGCGGGUCUGGUUGUUGCCUUUUCUCUCUACUUUGUCAAAUAA